GUAGAUAACCUGACUGCUGUAGGACUCGGUGAGAUGAGGUAUGAUGACCUGUACGUGACCUUUAGUUCCCAGGGUUCCACUCUCCAACAACGCUCUUUGAUUGGUCACACACCGACUACAUGUACACCAAAUGGCUCUUCAGGAAAUGUCUGAGUCAGUGUAUGUGGGGAUGUGUCACAAGAUAGGGACCCCACAAAAGGUGACCUCCAGGAGAGAUAUAGUGGAUAUGAAGGAGCUGUUCAACAAUCAAAAUGGUGUGGGGGGAUCAAUGAGGAGUGGAAGUAUGAGAGAAGGAUUUAGAUUUAGUGAUUCAGAUGUAGACACUAUGUUCUGGCCAACUAACCUCCGAGUGAUCUGGGACUUCUCUCAGUCUGAGUAUUACAACAUACACAGACGGACACUGAUUCUCUGUGACAGUUCUGAGAGUCCAGCAGGAUUUACGUUACUUUGGUUACCAUUGGAAAGAGCUGGACAGAUAGUGUUGUCAUCGUGUGUGAGGAUGAAUGGGAGACUCUAUAUAUCAAGUUCUAAAUUCAGAGAGAACAUGUGUGAAUCAAUCGAUCCUAAUAGCAGGAUACAUGGACCAUGUAGCAGUGGAACAAGAGGUCCAAAAGAAGUUUCACUAGAAUACGAUGAUGCUUUUUGUUUUGCCAGUGAUUUUUGGCCCCCCUCUGCCUCCUCAUGGAUAGACAGAUGUCACUCAUGGCCCCCACCUCAUGUUGUCAAUGACAUAGUUAGAAAUGAAUGUCACUUUGUAGCAAUAGGACACAAACUAGGAAAUCAUGAAGAUAAAGAAUGGAGAAUUUCUUUCUCUCAGGCAGAGUACAAACUUGUGUGUUCAAUGAAUCAUACACAGUUCUUAACUUAUGGUUUGUUAAAAUUGUUCUUAAAGGAAAUAAUUAACAAUGCAUUAGGAGAUGAAGAUAAACUACUGUGUUCCUACCACAUGAAAACAGCUGUUUUUUGGGCCAUUCAACAAAACACAUUACCUCAGUGGUGUCCACAAAAUCUCCUGGCCGGUUUCUGGGUCUGCUUCAAACUUCUCCUUAAAUGGGUGUAUGAAGGAAUUAGUCCAAACUUUUUCAUUCCAGAAAACAACAUGUUUCUGAGCAAAAUCCAUGGCCAAGCACAAACAAGUUUAUUCAGCCGACUGUAUGGGUUGUAUGAGAAGGGUAUAGCAUUGCUGCUACACAGUCCCUCCAUCAGGUCCUCUAUCAUUGAUGUCCUCUGUAAUCCCAGACUCACGGUGUGUACUGAUGAACACACUCUGAUCUCUGAGGCUGAGUUUGAUGUAGAAUUAUUUAGUGAAAUACGUAGUAAAGAUUCACUACACACAUCAGACCUACAGCUCUGUAUGAAGUACCUACACACAGUAGAACAGUUAAUAGGUUCUCCCCUGUCACAGUAUCAAGUUGUAAGUUUACAGAAACAUACAGCCACCAUCCUUCAGUACACUGCUUUUAUAUUACACAACAUGUGCACAAACACAGGUGUCAACAAACAGGUGUAUAUUGCAGACAAAAUGUCCUGUCACAUGCUGAAAUUAGCAGCCAAGUUUGGGUGUGUUUCUGACAUGUUGUACAUUGCCAUGUAUUAUUACAAGACACUCAGAUACAGGGAAGCUUUAUCUGUUAUAGAGAUGACAAAGGUCAAGUUAGCACAGCCAUAUCUGAUGUAUAAUAGACAUGUAGACAGAGAGAGGUAUACUGAGGCUGUAGGGGGACAUUCCUGGUCUACAAAGAUGAGACAGGCUGUAGCUAUGGCUAUCAGCCUUCACAAUGAAAUAUGUUAUAUUAACGAACUUAUACCAGAACAACAGUCUAGUAGACAAAACGGAGGGCCUGCAUGGUAUAUUCCUCCCCAUGUACUGUUACACAUGUUAGAGUUUUUAAGUUCUAGACAUGUUGACACAAUGAGAGCACAAACAGCUCUAGAUGAUCUACAAGUCCUAGUCCACCAUGAUCAGGGACUGUAUGUAAAUUAUUUAGAGAGAGAUAUCUCCUUGGAGAUCCUGGGGAUCUGUCAACAGAUCACAGGGAACCUCCAGGCUGCCCUGUACUCAUACCAACAGUCACUCAGACAAUAUCCAUGGAAUAAAAUACAAACUGCUACCACACAGAGAAUCCAUGAGUUACAAUUUUAAGUUCAGUUAAAAAUAAAAUUAAAUCCAGGUGUAUAUGUACCAGGUAUUUACAUGAAAGUUUUUAAUAGGAUCAUACAGCUAUAAAAUUUUGCAAAGAAAUACAAGUUCUUUGAGAAGCUUAAACAUUUCUGCACAGUGACUAGGAACACUUUCAUUGAAAUCUUGCACAGUAGUUAGGUCACAUGAUGUGUGUACUGAUGAUGGUGAGAUCACUACAAUGGAUAUACACACGACAUCUUUGUUUUAUUUUGAGGAUAACCUAGCUGUUGUUUC